AUGGUGAAGGUAGAGUCGGGCCACUGGAAAGACUGGGAGGUCUCCAUACAGACUCUCGAAGGAGUCAGUCUGCCGGAGCACAACAUACAACACACACCUCCCACCGACACUUCUCCCGGCAUCAUUAAGCUAUUCCUGGAGUGCGAGCACGACAAGACAUUCUGUAUUGCCGUGGACCGCCCCAAGCCCGCCAAGUUUGCCGCCCACAUCGAGAUCAAGAUCGACGGUGACAAGAUACACGGCAUGGUUCUCCCCAAGACGGAUCGCGAGGCCGUCCGUAAAUAUAGGCUCGAGGAGAUUAACGGUGUCGUGUACCGCAAGAGCUUGAAGUUUCAGCAAAUGACGCUCGUUGAGAAUGGGCCGCAAGCCGGAGGUGAUGGCCUUGGAGCGCUGGCGACAAUCAACGUGAAGGUUACAGCCGGAGACAGUAGCCGUACAAGUAGGGUAUCGGCCCCUCACCAUGGCCAUAUCUCGAAGGCUCCUCAAGGCGUGCUGGAUGAACGCUCCAAGAAAGGUCUCGUGGGCUCCUUUGUCGGCGGCGACAUUCUGAAGGUGGCGACCAAGCGGCAUGGUUCGGGAACGAAAUUUGACAAGCGCAACGACGUGCCCCAGUACAUCUUCGAUAUUUCAUACGCCACUCGCGACCUCCUUCGCGCACAAGGCAUCAUCACCGAACCCCGUCGCUCGACGACCAUUGCCGACGACUCUGACGACGUCAAGCGGUCGGCCCUCAAAACCUCGGGCUCUGACUCGGACGAGAUUGUCGAGGUCGAACGUCCCAAGCGCAAGAGCAAGAUGGAAAAGGUCAAGCAGAAGUCGUCCAAAAGGCGCAAGCAGGACAACACCGUGAUCGACAUGACUGGCGACGACGAUUGA